AAUUCCUUGCCUGCUGAUGAUUUCCGGACCAUAAAUGAAACACGUUACACCUGUUUAAUAAAUGAUGAAACUAUAGAUGUCUGGAGGCAAAGGCUUUUAGAAAAGAACAGUUCUAAUUCUGUCAAUCAUGUUGUUCAGAUACUGUCCUCAGCUGCCUGCUGGAAUGGAAGCUUCUUGGAGAAGAAAAUUGAUGAACACUUUAAAACCAGUCCGAAGAUCCCAGGGAUUGAUCUGAACUCCACCAGAGUGCUGUUUGAGAAGCUGAUGAACUCUCAGCACUCCAUUCUCCUAGACCAGAUACUGAAAAGCUUUGAAAGCUUUUUGAUUCCUCAGCUGUCCAGCUCACCACCGGAUGUCGAGGCAAUGAGGAUCUAUCUGAUUCUCCCUGAAUUCCCACCCUUCCAAGACUCCAAGUAUUAUAUCACGUUAACGCUUCCUCUAGCAAUGGCUAUUCUGCGCCUAGAUACCAACCCCAGUAAAGUUCUUGAUAACUGGUGGUCUCAAGUGUGCCCAAGAUAUUUCCUCAGGCUAGUGGACCUCUAUAAAGGUGCAGUGGUUUACCUCCUCAGUGGAAGGAAGACGCUAUUGAUCCCAGUCCUGUUCAGUAGCUACAUUACAGCUGCUCUCAGACUUCUGGAAAAACUCCACAAGGUAAAUCAGAAGGUUAAACAUGUAGAAUACGAUAAGUUUUAUAUCCCUGAGAUUUCCAGCUUGGUGGACAUUCAGGAGGAUUAUCUCAUGUGGUUCUUGCAUCAGGCUGGAAUGAAAGUAAGACCAUCUAUCAUGCAGGAUGCUGUGACACUCUGUUCUUAUCCUUUCAUCUUCGAUGCUCAGGCUAAGACCAAGAUGCUGCAGACGGAUGCAGAACUACAGAUGCAGGUUGCAAUAAAUGGGGCAAAUCUGCAGAAUGUCUUCAUGCUUCUCACCUUGGAGCCUCUGCUGGCCAGAAGCCCUUUCCUGGUACUUCACGUUCGCAGGAGUAACUUAGUUGGUGAUGCUUUAAGGGAGUUGAGCAUCCAUUCAGACAUUGAUUUGAAAAAGCCUCUUAAA